UCGGUGACCCAGAGGUGCUUACGCUUGCAUUUGGAUUAGCAAAUUGUAGCUACAACAACAGAACUACAACAAUUCAUACAUGUAUUGAGCAACAAACACCUUCAUACGGAGUAUAACUAUUAGUUAAAUCAAACAUAAGACGCAGACCGCAAUUUGUGACUGGAUUAAAGCGAAAGAAGGACGAAGAGACGGAAAAAUAUAGAUACUAGUUAGCUAGCUAACGUAAGGCUAGCAGCAAGCUGACACAUGAAUUCUCUCGUUGGCUAUGGCGUGUCCUCUGAUUCUGACAGCGAUGGGGAUAUUGGAAACGACAAGAAGACUGAGAGCAAGGUGGAUGGAGAGACCCAGAAGAAGGGCCGCAAUUUCCUCCUAGAGUCCGGGUCAGCCUCCAGUGAGUCAGACUGUGACUUCGACCCAGAGGAAGAGGGGGACACCGUAUCUCAACUAAAACCUAAACGCCCUCCUCCUGCCUGUAUGGCACCCCCCUCUGAGUCCCGGACCCCUCUCCUCCCCGCACCCCCUAGUUCCCUCUCCCACAAACUCCCCCCUCCACCCCUCGGGGCCUCGUCCAAGAGUGGCGUAUUCGCCAACCCCUUCAAGGCGCAAGCCGACCAGAAGCUCAAUGUCUUGCAGAAGCACGUCCCUCUCACUCUGCUGGCCCGGCCCUCCCAGAUAGGAGGCAAGAGGAUGUGCGUGGCGUACAGGAAGGACGGACGCUGCAGGUUCGGGAUCAAAUGCAAGUUUGCCCAUGACAGCGACCUCCAAAGCUCCAUCAUUCCCAAUGACUAUGACCCCCCUGCGGGUGACGAUCCUGGAUCGGACCAAGCUGACCCCAACGGGGGGGGAUUUUCAUACACGGGUCGCCAGAACUUUCACCAAAACCAGGGAGGAGACCCUGAAGAGGAGGGUCAGCAGUCUAGGAAGAGGAGAGUAGGGCUGAGUAACACCCUAGUGCCUCCUAAAAGGUCAAUGAAGAAUUAUGCAAUGCAGAGGAAGAGAGAACAGGUCAAAUUGAACUGAGUGACUUGCAAAGGGAUACUGUCAGCAGCAAUAGUGUGUGUGUGUGUGUGUGUGUGUGUGUCCUCACAUCGUUUUAGUGUGUGACAGAUAAAAUGGGAAUGUGUUCCAAUUUCUGUACCCUUAUUCUGCACUCAUUUACUCCCCCUCAUGGAUGUAAAAGGAAUGGACUGGUGUAAAAUAGGGUUUAAACUUCUCCCUACCCAUGAUUACUUCACUGUAAUGGAGUGCGCAAGUGCAACCUUCUGUUAGAAGAGAAGAUAAUCAGACCACAGCCAGAGAGCAUUCAUAGGAUACCUAUAGCACACUUCUAAACUUCUGUUCAGUCCAGUACAUAUACUUCAGAUUGGUAGUUUCUACAUGAAACGUUUUUUGUAGUUUCAUUGAAAACGUAUUCCUUUCUGUAAGAAACUGUCCAUUGGAAAUAUAAGCUACAAUUUAUCAUUGUUAAAUAAAUGCUUUAAAUGUU